AUGGACCAGUGGCAUUCGCUGCGCGACGCGGCGUUAGGCCGCUUUGAUGGCGGCUACGGCGAAGGUAGCGUGACCAUUGCAAAGCGGCUGGCGCACUUUGCAGGCGGCGGCUUCCUCAAGACCAGCUGGGAGGCGGAGGCGGCGCGCCAGGCCCGCAUGGCACGGGUGAACACGGAAGAGGUCGAAGACGUUCCCAAGAUGACAGCGGGGGAUGUGGGGGCUGCAGGUGUUGGCGUAGGAGGGGAAGCCGCCGGCGCCAUCAGCUCCGACACGCUGCACAUAUCAUCAGGCAGUCGCUCGCCGCAGGAUGGCCGCAGCAGCGAACAGGAGCAGCAGGAGCAGGAGCAGCAGCAGGACGCCAGUGUAGGGAACCUCUUGGAUGAGCGCGUUGGCAGGGGCAGCGGCGGCGCAGCACAGGCAGCUGCGGCUGGGGGCGAGGAGGAGUGGGGCCAGGAUGACGAGGGUUUUGACGGUGACGCGCACGCGCCGGCGGCGCUGGUGCCCGUCACGUCGAUGCUGGCUCUUGCCAUGUGGGCAGUAGCUGUUGCGCAGUGGUGGCCUGUGGUGCCCGAGGCUUGGUACGGGCUUACAAAUGGCCUGGCGGACGUGACGCUGUGGCAGCUGGCGACCACCUACCCUGACACCCCGGUGACGUGGGCGCUGCAGAUGGACACAACCGCCGUCGCGGUGGACGGUGAGUGGCACCGCCUCCUGACGGCCGGCCUGCUGCACAGCGGCCUGUUGCCGCUGGUCUGCUGCGCCGACGGCGUACGCAACGCCGGGUCGUGGGUCGAGGCGUACUGCGGCAGCCUGCAGGCCGUGGUGACCGUCGUGCUCUGCGCCGCUGGCGCGGGCCUGGGCCAGCUGCUCGCCGGCCGCGCGGAUACGGGCCUCGCGGGCGCAGGCGUGUGCACUGGGCUGUACGCGGCCUGGUUGACCCUGGGGCUGACGCGCGGGCGGGGGGUCAUGCCCAUCACCAGCGACAGGGGUGUGCUGUACGCGCUGCUCAACGCCCUCAUGGCCGCGUACCAGCCAGCCGUCGGCUUUGCCUGCCUGGCGGGCGGGGCUCUCGGUGGCGUGGCUGGCACGCUGCUGGCGCCGCUACUAGCGCGUGUUCUGUACACCUGCACCGCUGUGACGGCAGCGGUCGCGCUGAGCCUGGCGCGGGCAGCGCUGGAGACUGUGCGGCUGGGGCUGGGCGUGGUGCUGGCGCUGCUGGUGGCCACGUUCCGCGCCGCGGGCGAGGUGGCACGAACGGUGCGCGGGCUGUGA